AUGAAAUUAACUAAUACAGAAAGGUUACAGAUGUAUAAGCCAUGUGAUUAUAGCUACGUGGUUAUUCACAUGAAUAGUUCACUUAACUAUGAGAUUGUGAGUCAUGAUUUAUAUAGAGGAGCAGAUGCGUUAGAAAGAUUUGUUACAAAAAUUGAGGAGGAGCUUCUAAUUAUACAAGAAGAAUUAUCUGCGCCAGCUGAAAUUAUUAUGGCACCUGGAAAUCUUAAAGCAUAUAAUGAAGCAACUAAAUCAUUGCAAAAAUUCGAAGAAGUUAAGCACAGAUUAUUAGAAGUUAUCAAAUGGGAAGCAAGCAUGGGAGAAGACAUUCAGAAAAGAAAAAGAUACAAAAAGAAUACCGAUAAGCUUUAA